AUGGAUCUCAAUAAUCUGGAAGAGAAAGCCGCAGAUGCUACAUGGGAAACCUCCAUAAGCGACUGGGCAGGCCAUAAGUUAAACAUGCUUUCCAACAGUUGUGACAAGGCCUUGUACAGCUGCUGCAAUGACAUCGACGACAGUGAAAAAUUUUUGGAACAUGUUACAGGACAAUCUCACGACAUUGAUUCUUUCGAUAAAUGGGUAUGGCAUGGAGGAUACGCCGACAAGCCGUGGAUCGAACAUACUGCCGAGUGCUGGCAUUUAACUGAUAAAAGCAUGCGGAAACUUGAGACUCUGAGUCAACAUACCGGGCUGCCUAAUGGCUGGUGGAGUAUCCUGCAAAAGAGAAAUAAUGAUGCAUCGGUGAAGUAUGCCAACGACAAGAGCAGAUUCAAAAACCACUCUCGCUCUCGCUAUCCGCAGACAAUGUACCAGGGUUCUAACGCGAUACUGGAUUCCAUAUUUGUAACUGACGUGGGUGACGCCACACUAAACUAUGCGGCAUUGGGAUUCAUCUCCAUGCCGAAAACCCUCAUUUACAGUUACGCUUGUACAUGGACCAAUUAUGCCCUAUGUGAAAUUGGAGCGGACUAUGCCAAUAUACCCAUUCAUGACAUCCAAUAUGCAUGGGCAUAUGCUUUAAAAGAGUUAAGCGUGGAGGCCUGCAAUCCUCAGUGGAUCCGAGAGGUAUACGUUCCAACACUUCUUGGUAUCACUGUACGGAAAGCUAUGGGCCGGAAACCAUACAUUUCUGUUUCAGCAGAUGAAGAGCCCAUUUCUUGGUGCGCAGCGAGGGCGCUGCACGGAGGUGGAUAUCCCACUGCUGGCGCAGAACUAGUCCGGCAUGGAGUAUCUCUGGACAGUGGGUCGCGGCUACUUCAGGCGAUAGCUAUAAUACUCGCACAUGAUGUAUUUGAGGAAACAAGCGAUAUAAUGUCUGGUGAUGCACCUAACGUCGCCCCGGCAGUUAGUCGACUGAUGCGUUGCAACAGCGAGACAGCGUAUGCUGCAUUGUUGUCCAGUGAUAUGUUGCAUUACGGCGUGAAAAGAAUUUGUGUUGGUUGGUCCUUUGCUACUAUGGUUGGGCAACGCUGGAAGACGUGCAGACAAAACCAUGAUUUUCGCCACGUGCGACGCCAUAAUGUUGAUAUAAAGGAAGCAUUUGCGGCAAAGCCGCUAAGUGAAGAAUUGUCUACUUGGCGCAGAUGCAACUGUGGCAAAGCGAAGGAAUUUCCACAUAAUUAUACACUUACUGAUCUGGCCCACUCGGCCCGUAUGACAUACAUGGAGGCGACGGGACAGAAUGAUUGUUGGUGUGCCCAUGAUCGAGCCUAUGACAUUAUAACUCGGGGGUUUUUAUCUUGA